AUGAGACACAAUCUGGUGUGUCAGACACCUCCCACUGUCACUGUUCAUGUAAAAUCGAGUGCUUCCAGAUCACAUCAGCAAAAAAAACUUGUUAGAUUGAAGCGGCCUGCUUUUAAAGACCAUCAAGAAAAUGGUGAAAAAAGGGUUCUUAGUCAUAAAUAUAUACAUCCAAAGGGACCAUGUCUAGUUAUUCAGCGUCAGGAAAUGACAGCUUUCUUUAAAUUGUUUGAUGAUGAUGUGAUUCAAGACUUCCUAUGGAUGGACUGCUGUUGUAAAAUUACAGACAAGUAUCUUUUGGCAAUGACUUUCGUUUAUUUCAAGAGGGCUAACUUCACAAUAAAUGAGCAUACCAGAAUCAAUUUCUUUGUUGCUCUGUAUCUGGCAAAUACAGUGGAAGAAGAUGAUGAAGAAUCAAAGUAUGACAUUUUCCCAUGGGCUUUGGGAAAAAAAUGGAGAAAGCUCUUUCCUGAUUUCUUAAAGCUAAGAGACCAACUAUGGAGUAGAAUUGACUACAGGGCUAUUGUAAGCAGGCGUUGCUGUGAAGAGGUAAUGGCUAUUGCUCCAACACAUUAUGCAUGGCAGCGAGAACGUUCUGUGCACCACAGUGGAGCUGUGAGGAGCUACAACAAAGAUGAAGAACAGCUGCCGCGAGGACCUAAUAAUACGCCUGUGGACUGUUUGCUUUGUGGUAGGAAAGGAAGAUUUGUGCGACUAGGAUUAUCUUCCUCCUCCUCCUCAGCUGGCACACUGGAGAUGACUGAAUUACAUUCAGCCCAAGAUACGAAGGACACCUUUCCAGCUGAAAAAAUGCUGGUUGACUCUCCUGUUUCUUAUGCCCAAGACUGUCAGAGCCAGUCCAGGAAAAGCAGACGAGGUAGCAUCUUGAACCAAGACAAAUCCAUGGAUUGGUUUACAAGCAAUGAAGAAUGAAAAACACUGAAUGAGACAGAUACUGUGAUUUGCAGAAAAAUUUGUGUUGCACGGUAGUACCAUACAUAAUGAUUCUGUUAAAACAUUCCCCUUAAAUCACACGCGGGAUUUAAGAGUUUAUAGGCAGUAGAAAUCAAAGCAGAAAUUACUUAAGUUACACAACUUGCAAAACACAGCUACUUUGUAAGAGUUUAUUCUGAUACAACACUCAAAUUAGUAGCUAACAUCACAGCAGCAUCAAGAAUGCAGGGGUCGAAACUUUCUCAGCUUGGUGAGGAACGCUAGUUGAAAAACAGAACAAGUUACUACUUCAGUAUUUCAAUGUAAAUUUUUUAGUUUAAUAUAAAUGUUAUGAUUUCAUGAUAAAGUAACAUGUGAAGUCCUAGUUCAAAAAAAAUAUAUAGAAUACACUUAGUGUCUCACCUGAAUGAGCAUCCUGCCAAUUAGAUGGUCUAGCAACGUAAGGUACUGAGCAGUAUGUUUCAGCAUCAUCAGAAAAUGAUUCUGUGAGAAGUACGUCUUUUUGUAAUUCUUUUCAACAAGUUUUCAAAGAAAAAAAAACAACAAAACAGACUACAGUUAGCAAUGCACAUGCAGUAUUCCUUGACAUCUUUUAAUUUUUUUUUACUGUUUUUCUUAAAUUGCUUUGUUGCCAUUUAUCAGUAUAUUCAGACCUGUGCUCUACCCUAGAAUUUACAAAUAUACAUAUUUGUAUAAGGUAUAUUUUCUAGGUUUGCUAAAACAGCACAAUUAGAAUACAGAGUACAGUGGUAAUAUUUCUUCUAUGGAAUCCUCGAGCUCGCGAGGGUUCUCUAAAACAGCAAUAGGCCUAGUACAGAGGAGUGAAUUUUAUUUGAAAAUAGCAGUGGAAGGACAGUCAUUUUGUAUGUGCUGACUGCCAUUUAUUUUCUAUUUAGUCAUGAUUUUUAAUAAGAUAUUUAAAUAACCAUUAAUAAAUCCUUUUUCAAACCUGACAAUUUUUAGGUUGUCCAAAAGCUUAUCUAUAGCUGACCUCGAGGAGAAAAAAAAAAACCACAACCCUCAUCUUCCUAAAACAAACAA